AUAACCAAGUAGAUAAAAAAAAAAAAAAAAGCUGCAUCAAUUUUCUCUCCUUCUUUUUCAAUCAAUUCUCACAUAAUCAAAUUAACCCACCAAAGAAUAUAUAAAAUAAUAAAAAAAUAAAAUCAUAAAUAUUCAUAAAAACUUGAAUGACAAUUAUUAUAAAUUAUUUAAAAAAAUACAAAGUGACGUAUAAAUAAUCAUAAAUAAACAAAAAAAGUUGAAAAAAAAUAAUAAAAACCAAGUUAUAUUACCAUAAUAAAUAAAUAAUUAUUAAAAUAUAAAUAAUUGUUUAUAAAUAUAAAUAACAUGGCGAGUACUGAAACAAGACCAUAUAAUUUACGAAAUCGUUCAAACAAAAAUGAUGAAAUAAAGCCAUCUGAUGUACAAAAUCGUUUGAAUAAAGCUGAUAAAAACAAUGACAAAGUUGUUGAUGAUCAUGAUGAUGAUGAUAAUGAUGAUGAUAGAAAUGAUAGUCAUCAUUUGUCAUCAGAAGCUGAUAGUUUUCCAAACAUAAAUGAAAAGCCAGUUGAAGAUAUAUCAUUUAAAUUUUUAUAUGAACCACAUACAAUAUUGCUAUUUAUAAUAUUUUUUAUUGCUGUUGUAUAUUUUGCAUUUAAAAGAGAUACAUCAAAUGUUGAUGACAAUUACAAAGCUGGUAUAAUAUGUGGUGUAUUUGCAUUUCAAGUAAUAUCAAUAUUAACAUUUCCAAAUGGUCCAUUUACACGUCCACAUCCAGCAAUUUGGCGUAUGGUAUUUGGUGCAAGUGUCAUGUAUCUAAUUGCAUUAUUAAUAAUGUUAUUUCAAAGUUAUGAAACAGUUAAAAAAAUAUUUAUUUGGGUUGAUCCAUCAUUGCCUGGUUUUCAUAUUGAUAUGGAUAAAGAAUAUGGUGUUAAUUGUUCUGAUAUUAAUGUUGAAAAAAUAUGGAAUCAUCUUGAUGUAUUUGCUGCUGGACAUUUUAUUGGUUGGACAUUUAAAGCAGUACUUGUACGUCAUUAUGGUUUAUUAUGGGCAACAAGUAUUAUGUGGGAAUUAACUGAAAUGGCAUUUGCUCAUUUAUUACCAAAUUUUAUUGAAUGUUGGUGGGAUGCACUUAUACUUGAUGUACUUGUUUGUAAUGCACUUGGUAUAUGGGUUGGUUUAAAAAUAUGUAAAAUACUUGAAAUGCGUGAAUAUAAAUGGGUUAGUAUACGUGAUAUUAAAAGUACAACUGGUAAAUUAAAACGUGCUGUAUUACAAUUUACACCAGUUAGUUGGACAUCAGUUAGAUGGCUUGAUCCAACAUGUACACAUAUGAGAUGUAUUGCAUUAUGUCAAUUAGUUAUAUUUUGGCAAGUAUCUGAACUUAAUACAUUUUUUUUAAAACAUGUUUAUGAAUUUCCACCAUCACAUCCAUUUGUUGUUGGACGUUUAAUUCUUGUUGGUCUUAUUGUUGCACCAUCAGUCAAGCAAUAUUACAUGUAUGCAACUGAUCCAGCAUGCAGUCGUGUUGGUACACAGUGUUGGGUUUAUGGAGCAAUUAUGGUUACAGAAGCAUUAUUAUGUAUUCGUCAUGGUGCUGAACUAUUUGAAAGAACUGCUUGGGUUAAUAUUGCUGUUUGGUUGUUAUGCCAAACAAUAGUAUCUGUUCUUUGUGUUUAUGGUUGUGCCUGGUGGGAUAAAUAUUGUGCUGCUAAAUCAACCACCAAAAAAAUUAGUUAAAUACAGUGAGUGUGAUGAUGAUGAUGACUUUGUAAAACAAUCAAUAGGUUUUUUAUUUUUAUUUUUUUUUUUUCAGUUAGAACAAUUAAUAAAUACGUUUGUUUAUUUUUUAAACAAAUUGUUUAGGGUAAUUGUAAAAGUUAAAUAACAAUACCAG